AACAGAUGGGUGAAGGUCGUUUCUAAUACUGAAUUUUUACUAGUAGAAAAUCCUUCGAUCGUUUUAUCGAUAUCCUUAAACACACGUAUAUCGGUAAUUUGGGUGACGCUAGAUAGUGUCCAUUAUCUGGAACGCGAUUAAACUUUGUUUUGAUAACGUAUCAGUGUCCAUUGUCAGCACAGACGACAUUCUCGUAUAUCGCUUAGCCGAGAAUUAUUGCUGAAUUGAAUAUUUACAAGGAAGUGCUGGGUAUAAUUUGAUUAUUGGAUAGUGUUUCUUCUACAAUGAAAACGAAUUUGCAUUGGUCUUUGGACAACAUACCAAGGCAGUCUAGCUUCGCCUGCCUUUCUUUGAAGUUUGGAAGCGUAUUGUCAGCUUUGAUAUUGAUUCUAUACUCCAUCUUCGCGCUAGCUCAAUGUCUUGCAGCUUUGAAUGUGCUGCCGCCGCACUGGACGCCCGAUGACGUGGACGUGAUGGUGUCGUAUACGGUGGUGGUGGUGGUGACCAUCGCGCACACCGUCACGCUGUUCCUGAGCACCAUCAUGCUGGUCGGCGUACUUAAGGAAAAAGGCCACCUAAUAAAGCCGUGGGUGAUCUGGACAUCUCUACAAGUGCUGAUCGCUGUCAUGGUCUUCGUGUUCUGGUCAACCCUGAGCGUAAUCAAUCACUAUGGCACCAACACCCUGCUGAUUUAUGUUGUCGAGUUUUUGGGCUUGACGGUCCGGUUCUACAUGCUGAUGAUAGUAUCAAGCUUCUACAAGCAGUUGUUGGAGAGGACUCAAGAGGAAAGAGAGAGGUUGCGAGAUCUGGUCAACUCUGAGAAUUGGUACAACUCCGCCUAAAGUGUCGAGUAGCUGGUGGUUCUGUACAUCCGACAAGAGGCCUUAGUCAUUUGGCACGUCGAUUCUCUUUCUACAAACUCUAACGCUUCGAAAACUAAAAAAAUCUAUGGGAAUGACAGAUCCGAGGGCCUAGUGGCAGUUUGAUACUGUGACGAUCGCGUUAACGUAAACGCGAAUUUCUAAAAAAUUGAAAUAGCGCCAUCUAGUGGCACUACUGUACAACUGUUUAAUUCCAUAUAAAUUCGCGUUUACGUUAACGCGAUAGUAAUAGUAUGAAAAUAUUGAAAACUCCCACUAGGCACAAAGAUCGACAACUUCCACGUGACCUGUCGAUAGUAAAUGUCAUUCCCAUGUUGUUUUUUUAAUCUUCGAAGCUUUAGGGUUUGUAGAAAGAGAAUGGCCAUGCCACAUGGCUACAGACCAAGUUUCGAUUGUAUUCAAGAUGUAACUUAUAAGCUCUUAAAAUCUUGUUGGACGUACACCAACCAAUAGGGUAAAUUAUAUUUAUAUCAGUUGUUAUUUAAUGAUUAUUAUAUUACAUACAGUUUUUACAAUAAACAACACUACAUUGUU